AUGAGGAAUGGUCAACACAAAUACAACAAUGCUAAAACGGAAGAUAAUAUAGGUAAUCAGAUCAACAAUGAUAACAACCAUAAUGGGUAUAAUGAUAACAGAACUAAUAGUGAAUAUCCAAAAACAUCACAUCUACAGCAUAGCCCGUCUCUGGUACAUUUAAAUGAUCAUAAAUUCACGGCAAAACCAUCUCGACAUGCUUACAUACAAAGAAACAGCAUAUAUACACUUAACACAAAUAAUAAUAUGGAAAAUACAAAUAACGAAUCGCAUACGGUUCCAAAUUUAUUUAUUCAAAAAAAUCAAAAAGCCCCCCAAAAGCCAGCUACCCAAAAAAAGCCAACGGUCCAAAAAAAAACAGAGGCCCCUGAAAUUGUAUAUGGUAAUUUGGACUACCUUAAUACCUUCGAUGACACUAAUAAUAUAAUUUCUGCGUUUAAACCUCACCACCCAAUUAUAUAUUACUUCAAGGAAAUGGAACAUUUUGCAAAUAGUUACUAUGACCUGAGGAGUAAAAUUAGGGAUUAUUUUGCUCUUCCGAUGAAACAGGCUUUCGAUGUCGUAGAGCAAAAUGUAAAAGACUGUUUGAAGAACAUAAAUGAAUUGAGAACAUUAAUGACUCAGUUAGAAAAUCCCCAAAACUAUAAUGAUAUAAGUAAUCAAUAUGCUGAAAAAGUAAAAGAAUACAAAAAGGAAAUUGAGGAUAUGCAAAAUUGUUUAAAAGACAAUUAUAAACAAAAUUUUAAAGCUAUCUUAUCUGCAAAAUUAAAAAUGAACCUCGCUUUAAAAGAUAUAUAUGCUAGCUGGUGGUCCCAAUUAAGUUCGACGGAUACUUACUAUGAUAUGGUUAAAAGAUAUGUAUUAGAAGUUAACAAAUUUGAUAAAAACACAUCAACUUCCUUUAUGGAUCAUAUAAAGAAAAUACAUAAUUCUGCUAUUGAUACAAUGAAGAAAAUGAAAGAAGAAUUAAAUACAAGUCUGGAUUCUGACAGAGUAGAAUUUAUAAUAGAAGAAAUUGGACAUAUGGUAGAAAAGUUUAAUCUUCACUUGUCUAAAAUGCGUUAUGGAGCUGAUUAUAUCAAAAAUAUUGAUUCACAAAAGAUAGAAAGUUACGUUUAUCAAGUUGAACUAAGAACUCUUUUUUAUGUGGCAGCUAAACACUACGCUGAUUUUAAGUUUAGUUUGGAACAUUUAAAAAUGUUUGAAAAUUUAUCCAAAAGCAAAGAAAAAAUGCUUUAUAGCACUUUUGAAAAAUUAGAGGGUGAUUUACUAAAUAAAAUAAACACCCUUAUGGGUUCUGAACAGUCUACCUCUGAUCUUACCUCUAUUAUUGCGGAUUCUGAAAAAAUCAUAAAAUCUGCAGAAUCAUUAAUUAAUUCGAGUUCUGAAGAGAUAGCAAAAUAUGCACUUGAUUCAAAUGAGAAAAUUAAUGAGAUAAAAAAAAAUUAUGACCAAAAGAUACUCAGUGUAAAAGAAUUUAUAAAUAAAUCAAAUGGGUUAAUUACAACUGUAAAAGGUACAUCUAAACUAAGUGAAUCAGAUAAGAAACAGAUAGAUAAAAAAAUAGAGAAAGUAAAAAAAAAUACAAACACUCUAGAGAGGGGAAAUGAGUUUAUAAAAAUAAUGAAUGAAGUAAAAACAAAAAUAAGCAAUUCUUCUAAUAGCGCUACAAAUUCAAAGGAUUUUUCUCAUAAAUUGAAAGAAUUACAAACUGAAUUUGAAGGGUUAAAUAAAACUAUCGAAGACGAUUUGCAAAAAAUAAAAGACAUAAAAGUAAAGGAAGAUGAGGAUCGUUCUAUGAAAAAUCAAAUAGAAGAACAUUUGAAAUAUGCGUCUGAUAACAGUGACAAAGUAAAAAAGUUAAUUUCCAAAAAUAAUGAAAUACAAAAUUAUAUUCAGAAAAUCGAAAAUUUGAUUAAAGACGCACCUUCUGGAAAAGAAAAAUUUACAACUCAGAAAACAGAUUUGCAAAACAAGGUAAAGACAAUAAUCGAUGAGUUUCAUAAGGAAGAUUUACAAUUAUUAUUAAAUAGUUUAUCAACAUUUUACGAGGAACACCAAAAGUUAUACAGAGAAGCAAGUACUAUAGAAAACAUUAAAGAGUUGCACCCAAAAAUAAAAGAAGAAUAUGAAAAACUUGAAAAAAAGAAUUAUAGUAAUAUUGAUCAAACAUUACAUAAUUUGGAUGCAGAACUAGAUAAACUGAAAGCUCUAGAGAAAAAUAUUGUAGAAGAGCAAACUAAUAAUAUCAAUAAAGAUAUGACAGAUUCGUUGAAUAAGUUAACUGCUGAAGUCAACAGUUUGAGAAGUGCCUUGGAUAGCUAUAAGGCGGAUGAAGGUCAUCUCAAAACCUAUAAAAACCAAAUAAAUGAGAGGAAAGAGAAAUUUCUCAGUACUUUAAAGGAACAAGAGGAUGAUAUUCCAGAUGGAAAAAAUAUUUAUGAAGAGUAUAAUAAACAUAAAGGUGUUAUGGAUAACAAAGAACAAAAAAUAACCAGUGAUAUAAAUCAAUGCAGAGAAAAUAUUAAAAAUGCUGAAAAAAAUAGAGAGAAAUUCAAUACUCUAGUGCAAACAUUAGAAGCACACACAGGAGAAAAAGAUCCGAACGUUCAUGAUUCAUUGGAAAAGUUUAAGACUAAUCUUGAAAAUUUAAAUUUGAGUAAACUAGAAACUGAAUUUAAAUCUCUCAUCGAUUCAGCUAGUACAACCAAUAAACAGAUUGAAAAUAUAAUAAAAAAUAUAGACACAAUUAAAUCAUUAAAUUUUACGAAAAAUAGUUCGGACAGCAGCAAAUUGUCAUUGGAAAAGAUAAAAGAAAAUAAAGCAGAUUUAAUAAAAAAACUAGAACAACACACUCAAGAAAUAGAAAAAUACACAUUCAUAGAAAAAGAAGAAACGUUACCCCUUUUAAGCGAUUUACGAGAAGAAAAAAACCGCGUACAGCGUGACAUGUCUGAAGAAUUGAUAAGCCAAUUAAACACAAAAAUUAAUGCUAUAUUAGAAUAUUACGAUAAAUCAAAGGAUAGUUUCAAUGGGGAUGAUGAAACAAAAUUGGAACAAUUAGAUGAGUUUAAAAAAGAGUGUCAAUACGUUCAACAAGAAAUAGAAAAGUUAACAACUAACUAUAAAGUUUUAGAAAAUAAGAUAAAUGACAUAAUUAACGAACAACAUGAAAAAGUUAUAACACUGAGUGAAAAUCAUAUAACAGGGAAAGACAAAAAGAUAAAUGAAAAGAUUCAACAAAAUAUAAAUUCGCUAAAUGAUAUGAAAACGAAAUUGGGUUUACUCGAAAUUAACCAAGAUAUCAAAAAUAGCAAAGAUGCUACAAUUAAAAAUAAAAUACAGGAAUUUGAAAACAAAGUUAAAACUAUACUUGGAAAUAUAGAUAAAGCUAAUAAUAAAAUAGAUGAAAUUAAAAGAGUGCACGUUGAGAAUAAAGUUGCAUUCGAUAAAGAAAAAGUUGAAAAUACAAAUUUCGAAAAAAAAAAGAAAAGCAUAGAAAAAGUUUAUGAACAAAUGGAAAAAACGAUUAAAGAAUUAGAGGAAAUGAAUGACGAAAGUAACAUAGCAAAAGAAGUAGAAGAAGCUCAAAUACAAUACAAAAGAAUUUUUAUUGAUCAUGAUGUUAAUUUGAUGAAUGAUGAAGUUGAAAAGUCCAAAACUGUGAUGGAAGAAAUCGAAUUAUAUAAAAAAGAAAUUGACCAAAUUAAAAAGAAAAUGAUUGAGUAUAAUAAAGCUGAUACAUCUAAUUUUGAUUAUACAGUACCAUACAACAGUGCUACACAGAGUAAAGCUAAAAUAGAACAAUUUAUUACGAAUGCUAAAACAAAAAAAGGAACGUCUGACGCCAGCCAAGAUAUAAAAGAAUUAGAACGUAUUAAAGAAGAGGUGCAUACUAAUUUACAACAAGUCAAACUAGAAAAUAAUUCUAUGGAGGAAAAGCGAAAACAAAUUCAUAAUAUGAAAAAUUUGCUAAUUUUGAACAAUUCUGAAACCAUAGCUAAAGAAAUAUCAAAUAAUACUCAAAACGCAUUAAAUUUUAGCCUGGAUGCAAAAAAAGAACUUAAAAAAACAGAUGAACUAUUACAAAGUGUGGAAGCUAAGAUAGCUGAGGCAGAGGCACAUAAAAAAAAAAUUGAUAUAGCUUUAGAAGAUGGACAAAUAGAUACGGAGGUAAGCAAAAUUGAACAAAUUAAUCAGGAAAUUAUGAAUAAGAGAGAUGAAAUUAAAUCCUAUUUAAGUGAAAUAAAAAAAUAUAAAGAGAAAUGUACAACCGAAAUCAGUAAUUCAAAAAGAGGAAAAGAUAAAAUUGAGUUCUUGAAAAUAUUUAAGCCUAAUGAAGAUAGCAAUCGGAAUAAGGUUAACAUUAAUGAAAUAGAUGGAAAUAUAAGCAAAUCUGAACAAUACUUAACAGAUAUAAAGGGCACAGAAAAACAAGCUAAUACAAAUGUAGAACUAUUCCAUAAUCAUGAAACAAAUAUCAGUAAUAUUUUCAAGCAAUCUGAAAUUUUAGGAGUAGAAACUAAAUCAAAAAAAAAAAUUAGAGAAGCAGAUGACAUAAUGAAAGAAAUUGAGGGCCACAAUUCUGAAAUUCAAACACAGGUGAAGAGUUUCCAAGAAAAUCUAAAUAAAUUGAACGAGCCCCAUAAUUAUGACAACGCAGAAGAUGAACUUAAUAAUGAUAAAUCUACGAGUGCAAAGGUGCUUAUACAGACUAACUUAGAAAGUGUAAAACAUAAUUUAUCCGAAAUUACUAACAUUAAAGAUGGAGGAGAAAACAUAUACAAUAAAGCUAAUGAUAUCAUGCAAAAAAUAAAAGCAAUUUCAAAAAAUUCUGCAGAGAAAACUUUGGACAAGGUGAAAGACGACCAUUCUAAUUAUGUUAAUUAUUUAGAUCAAAUAAUUACAGAAAGAGAUCUUAUCGUUACAGAAAAAAAUAGACUUAAUGGUAAAGAUUCCACUAUUAAAAAUAUAGAAGCGGCACUGAAAGAAUCCAAAAAGAAUUACGAAAUUGGACUUUUGGAAAAGUUAGAAGAAAUAGGUAAAAAUAUAAAAUUAAAGGUUGACAUAACCAAAGAAUCAAUAAAUUCAACAGUGGGAAACUUUUCUUCCCUCUUCAACAAUUUUGAUUUAAAUCAAUAUGACUUUAAUAAUAAUAUAAAUGAUUAUAAAAAAAAAAUGGGAGAAAUAUAUAACGAAUUUGAAGGAUCAUUAAAUAAAAUUAGUGAAAAUUUAAGAAAUGCUUCAGAAAAAGCUUCAGAUUAUAACUUAGCCAAAACACUGAGGCAAGAUGCACAGAAAGAAAAAGUUAAUCUAUUAAAUAAAGAAGAAGAGGCAAAUAAAUAUUUAAGAGAUGUUAAAAAAGUGGAAUCAUUCAGAUUUAUACUUAAUAUGAAAGAAAGCCUAGAUAAGAUUAAUGAUAUGAUUAAAACAGAAAAAUUAACAGUCGAUGAAGGACAUGGUAACGUUAAACAGCUAGUUGAAAAUAUUAAAGAUUUAGUUGAUGAAAACAACUUAUCAGAUAUGUUAAAACAAGCAUCAGGCAAAAAUGACGAAAUACAGAAAAUAACGCACUCUAUGCAUAAAAAUAAAGCAAAAACUAUUUUAGGACACGUAGAUACUUCUGCAAAAUAUGUAGGCAUUAAAAUAAUGCCAGAGUUGGCAUUAACAGAAUUGUUAGGAGAUUCAAAUUUGAAAAAUGCACAAGAAUUAAUAUUUGAGCCCAAAACUAAUGUACCACUAGAAACAGAACAUAUGUCAAAGAAUACAAACGAACUGGAUGUUUAUAAAAAUAUACAGGAUGCUUACAAGGUUGCAUUGGAAAUACUUGCCCACUCAGACGAAAUAGAUACAAAACAAAAAGACAGUUCUAAAUUAAUAGAAAUGGGAAACGAAAUAUAUCUUAAGGUUGUGCUAAUAAAUCAAUACAAAAAUAAAAUAAGCUCUAUAAAAAUUAAGGAAGAAGCUGUUUCAGGCAAAAUAGACAAUGUUUCCAAAAAACAUAGUGAGUUAAGCAAAAUUACAUGCAGCGAUAAAACUUACGAUAACAUCAUAGCGUUAGAGAAACAAACUGAAUUACAAGAUCUACGCAAUUCUUUCACGCAAGAAAAGACCGAAACGAAUAGCGAUUCGAAGUUGGAAACAAUUACAAAAGAUUUCGAAAGUUUGAAAAAUGCAUUAAAAACACUGGAAGGAGAAGUUAAUGCUCUAAAAGCAAGCUCGAACGAUCAUGAAUAUGUAAAAGGUAAAAGUGCACCAAUAAAUGCUGUGCAAACCGAAAUGGAAAAGACAGAAACAGGCAUAGAUAGCCUUGAUACGGCCCUUGAUGAAUUAUUACAAAAAGGAAGGAAAUGCGAAGUAUCUAGGUACACAUUGAUAAAGGAUACCGUUGUCAAAGAAAUAAGUGAUGACACCGAAUUAAUCAACACUAUAGAGAAGAAUGUUAAAGCAUACUUGGCAUAUGUUAAAAAAAAUUAUGAAGACACAGUGCAGGAUGUUCUCACAUUAAAUGAACAUUUCAAAGAAAAACAGGUAAGUAAUCACGAGCCAACUAAUUUUGAUAAAUCAAAUAAGUCAUCCGAAGAGUUAACUAAAGCUGUUACUGACUCAAAAACAAUAAUAAGUAAACUAAAAGGUGUAAUUAUAGAAGUUAACGAAAACACUGAAAUGAACACUAUAGAAAGCAGUGCAAAAGAAAUUGAAGCUCUCUAUAACGAAUUAAAAAAUAAAAAAACAUCAUUAAACGAAAUUUAUCAAACAUCAAAUGAAGUUAAAUUGCAAGAAAUGAAAUCAAAUGCUGAUAAAUACAUCGAUGUAUCUAAAAUAUUUAACACUGUAUUAGACACUCAAAAGUCAAAUAUAGUAACUAAUCAACAUAGCAUAAACAAUGUUAAAGACAAAUUAAAAGGAAAGCUACAGGAAUUAAUUGACGCUGACAGUUCAUUUACAUUAGAGUCCAUUAAAAAGUUUAACGAAAUAUAUAGUCAUAUUAAGACUAAUAUAGGUGAACUAGAACAGUUACAACAAACUAAUAAAAGUGAACAUGAUAAUGUCGCAAAGCACAAAGAAAAAAUUGUACAUUUAAUAAACAGGGUAGAAAGUUUGAAAGGUGAUGUGAAAAAUCAUGAUGAUGACCAAUAUAUGAAAAAAUUAAAUGCUAGUCUAUUAAAUGAUAAUAUUAAAAAUACAACGAAUUCUAUAAACAUAUCAGAUGAAGAACUUAAGAAACUAUUGAAAAAAGUUGAAGAGAAUGAUCAGCUAUGUAAAAAUAACAAUACGCAGAACUUCAUUUCGGACAUUAUGAAACGUGUAGAAGACUUGAAUAGACGAUUUACAGAAAAUUUACCGGAAAAAGAAAAACUUCAUCAAAUUGAAAACAACUAUAAUGAAAUUAGUUCAAUAUUUAGUGAAAUAAACUUACAAGACGUCGAUGAAUUUGUUGCAAAAAUUCACAAACAAAUUGAUGCUGAAAAGGCAAGCGUAAAUAAUGUAAGAGAGGCUGAAAAAAUAAGGACCGCAAUCCAAAAUGUUACAAGUUAUGAUACAGAAAUAAUAAGUAGACUAUCUGAAAUGAAUAAUGUACUAGAAAGGAUUACUACACGGAAAACAAAAAUGGAUCAAUUAUUAAAAUCAUUGUCCCCAGAUAAUACAAGUCUAAAUUUAAAUGCAAGAACACACGUAAGGAAAUCAGAAGACAUAAUUAAACAGCUAAAUAGCCAUAUAGAAAAAAUAACAGAACUAAAUACAUAUGCCCAUGAAGUAAUGACAUACUUAGAAAAUGAACUAAAUAAAUUAUUAAAACAACUUGAAAUUGAAAGUGCAAAAGUUGAGCCUGAAGCUUUGCCAAGUGAUACGGAAGUAAAAGAAGAAAAAGUUCCACCAACGGUAACAGAAAAUGGUCCACAAGAGAAUUUGACAAGCGUUCCCCAAGAGACAUUAGAAGAUAACACACCACAGAUCCAAGAAAAUGUUGUACAAGAGGAUUCAGUAAUCGCUCCUCAGGAGCAAGUAGAAUAUAGUACACUAGCGGUACCAGAAAAUGAUGAAACAACAGAAGAAGAAAGUGAACAUGACGAUGCGCAUGACGAUACGCAUGACGAAUCACAAACUGGAAGGGAUUCAACGGCAAAAGAAGCAAUUGGAAAGACUCGUUUAGCAGGAGCUGUUAUUAUUGCCAUGUCUGUUUUAUCCGGAUUUAUUAUAAUAGUAUUUAAAGAUAAAGAUGAAGAAGAAAAGGAUCACAACGAACACGGAUAUAACGAAGCAUUUGGAGAACAUGACGAAUAUAAUAUGCAUGAUAAAGAAGAAGUUAUCGAAGUUUGCUUUAAUGAAGAAGAUUAA